AUGAUUCGAUUAUUCAAAAUCGAAGGGAGAAAACGUUUUGUCAGGGAAUUGCAGUGUUAUCAUAAGGAAGGUACGACAUCACUUGAAGAUUUGUUGGUUUGCGUUACGCUAGUGCUUGCGAUGGUACUGAACGUCACAGCACUCUACAAUGCUCCCGUGUGGCCAAUGGCGGAAAUGACCAUCAGUGCUGCAUUUGUCGUAUUCCAAGUUAUCAACUUCUUCUACUUUAUUGUGAAUAUGUUCAAGCACUUCAAUGUGUUCCUAUUAUUCGGAAUGGCCGAAGCCGCACUGCUAGGGGUCGUCUGGCUCUUCAACGCCUACCAAUGGUUCCGUGCACGCACGCCUGCCACGUCCGCCUCCAACGGAAACCAGCCGGGGGGCGGAGCACAGCCACGAUUUGCCACGCCCAGUUAUCCAGCUGGCGUCAAUCCGGCAUGA